CCCACAAUGAAGACAAUCAUAGUGUUAUCUGCAUUGGCGACUAUCGCCAUUGCAGUACCAGUGUGGGACAAUGGCAUCAAGCAAGACCCUCAGCACAACGCGAUACACAAAACCAUCAAACGCGAAAGGAAGUCCACCAUUCAAGAAUCUCCAGCUGACCUAUCAUUAGACAACGAUGAGUCAUCUCUUACUGGUAUCUCCAAGGAGCCACUCAAUCACAAAACACAUAGUUUUAGAAAACCGGUAAUAGUGAAGAAGAAAUUCGGGUACCAAAUCUUCAGAGAUUCUGAUGAAGAACUCGCCCAAGCUCAACCCCGCGAAAACUGCAGAAGGCAGUUCAGAUUCAAGCUCUGCGAUGAAAGUGAUGAAACCGCUGUCAACAACAUGAGAACAAUUAACACUGAAAAUGUUGAGGAGAGAGACGUUCAGCAUAGUUUGAAAAUGGCUAAGGAAGCAGUUGAAAUAUUGCAAAGGGAUCUACAAAAGAUCGAAGAAAGCACUAAAACCAUGCACAAAAAUCAUUUGGAAGAAGAUAUGGAAGAUAAAUUACACAGGAACAUUGAACAUGUUAAGGAAGCAUCUCAAUUAUUAAAUCAAAAUAUUGGAAACCUUGAUGCUCUCGCUUUAAAAGCAAUCUCGUCCAAAGAAAUAAACCUAGAGAAAACAGACUCAAAAUUAGAAGAAUCCAGAAUGGCUCAGUGGAAGGAAGCAAUUGAAAAUAUUCAAAAGAAUGUUGAAAUUGUAAAAAACAUAGAGGACACAUUUAAAAGUGCAGAGCUAAGCCAUACAUUAUCUGGUGAAGAUCUCGAUGUAUCGAAAACAAAACAUAUUGAAAAGGUAGAUUUAAGACAUCAUACCUUGGAGAAAAACGAAAAAACAAGAGCAAACACAGAAGAAAACUUAGAAGAAAAUAUUCAACAUAAGAAUGCUGAACUUGAAUCUGAUAUGGAAUCAUAUGCCACCGAAGCCAAACAAACACAUGCUAGUCUUCAUAGUGAUAGUUUGAAACUUGAAAAUGUCAGAAACUGGGAUAUAACUGAAAAUGUAAGAAAUGCUGAAAUUAAUGCUAAGCAAGAGAAGAGUAACCUUCAAGAGUUUAACAACGAAUCACCACAACAGAAAACAGUAGAAGAAAAAUCUUUGGAAACAUUAAAACAAGAAGAAAAAUCUGUCCAUCAUACUGAUGCAGAUGAUUUUCAAGACAAAAAAGAAACGAAAAAGACAGACAUAAUCAACGAACUAGAAAAAGAUACUCAUACUAAGAUUCAGCAUGAAAAAACUGUCAACACCGAAAACAACGAAAAAUUAUUAGAAAGAUCCAAUCUGAAUGUCGUUGAAGAGGUCAGGAAACAUAAUAUGCAAGAUGAAACAAUUUUAAAAUCUGCAGAAGACAAAAACAGUGUGGUAAAAACAAGCGACUCAAUAAUCGCUGCUAUGGAUAAUAAGCAUAUGAAAAAUGAAGUAAGAAACGAAGAAAAAGAUUCUGAAGCGUCGGAAAGUAGGAAUAUUCAUACCGAGGACAUGUUUACAGCCAAAGAAGCUUUAAAUAAAGAUUCGUUAGGUGUUGAAAAAUCUGAUGAAAAGAAGUCUAUUAUAGAAUCUAACUUAAAUUUAUUAAAUGCAGAUGCUAUGAUGCGUUCUGCAGACGAUGUUAACGAAGACGUAACAUCAUUAAAAAAUGCAGAAUUAGGUGAUGCUAGUCACCUUCAAAUGCGUGAAGCCAUAGAACUAACUUCUGAAGAUAAGAAAGAAAAAUCAGCUACUGAAAAAGAACAUGAGAUCAACACCAUGAGUCAAGCCGAAAACCUUAAAGAACUUGAGCGGUUACGUAGCGCAAUGAAAACAGACAACAACGAUAAGACAGGUUUUGAAAAGUCUGGUGUAAUCGAAUCUACUAAAAUACAUGAACACGUUGAUUCUAAAACAACUGCAGACAAGCAAAUGAAUCAUAACAUUGAAGUUUUUCAAAAGUCGGUUGACUUGAAAAAUACUGAAGAAAAUAACAAAAAUUUUGCAAAGGACCAAACUACAUCACUGAAAAAUAAAAACGAAAAAAUGAUGGAUCAAGGAAACAGUAUGCGAUUUGUUGAUGAAUAUGCUGAUCGCAACUUACCAGUCAACGCUGCCGAUUUAGGAAAUGAUUACCAACAGAGAAUGUCAGAGAUGGAUUAUUUUAACAAUAUGAAUUUACAGCACAAUGCACAACUGGAAGCAGACAAAAAUCUCGACUUUCAUACAUCAUCUCAUAUUAACCAAGGUAUGUCCGAGUGGGACAGAAAUCAGCAACACUUCCACUCUAUGUUACGACCACCACCUUUCAUGCCCUGGAUGCACGACCGCCUCAGAAGCAACGUCGACUCGCAACUUGGAAACCAUCAUGAAAACUUGGGAAAUAUGCAGAUAGAUCACCAUCAACACGAACACCAUUUCAACAAUAUGCACUCAGACGGACAUCAUCACCACCAUCACCACGCAUUGCCAAUGGGAAGAUUCGUUAACAACAUUCAAACAGGCAUCAACCACGAUCUACUGAAUGGACCAAUGAUGAGGGAGAAUAUGAUGGAAAACGGAGGCGCUAUCGAUUUAGAUACUUCAAUGCAGCCUAGUAUGAAAAUAAACAUGCGAGAUGCGUUAGAUCAAAACGGAAUGAAGUGGAAUUAUCAACCAACUGGAAAGUCUGGCUUUGGCUCGGGAACAGUUGGUGUAUUCCCUAACGCCAAUAGCGGAUGUGGGAUUCCGUUGCUAUUAAGCUGUUCACCGUCUGUUGUGUCUGGAAGUUUGGCGAAGCAGUCCUCGCUCGGGUUUUCCGGACACAAUUUCAGGUCUGGUGAUGACAUGAGAUUUUACACAAAGCGUGAUGCUCAGGGAAUAAAUGAAAUCAAAACAACGAAUCUUAAAAACUUCUCAACUACUAGUUGAAAUGGAAUCUAUGAACCGAUGGAAUACGGUCGAUUAUUGCACGACAUGAACGAAACGCUUUCAUUAUUUGAUUGUAAAAAUAGGUUAAGUUAUUAUUGUAUUGUAGUUGAAAACACAUCACAAAGUUAAUAAAGCAUUUUAAAAUA